CCUCGCCGCUUUAUUUUCAAACUGACUACGGAAGAAAAGUCAAACGCGUCUGAAUCAGAAGAAGUUCUGCAGCUGCUUUGCUGACUCCUCAUUUAGUCUGAUUGUGACUUGAAGUUUCAGUGAGGGGUUGUUUGAGGAGGAAGAGGUCCCAUCAUGGUCCUGCCGAACCUGUGCCAAACCGCGUCCGCGGUGCUCCGGCAGAUAGAGCCGGUCCUCGUGCUGGAGCAGCUGGGCAGCACUCUCUUCGACACCGCGCUGCGGAUGGUGGUCAGGGACCGGUGUGCCAACGCCACCUACCCCGAUGCCCACCUCUCCAGGGACGACAGCCAGCAGAAAGCCAUGUCGGACUUCUACAUGAUCUACACCCUCAUCAUCCAGCUGACUCCCAUCCUGCCUGCGCUGCUCCUGGCCAGGUUAGGCGACCGCGGCUGGAGGAAAGCCCCCAUCGUGGUGCCCCUGAGCGGGUACCUGAUGUCCCGGGUCGCCCUGCUGCUGGUGGUCAUCCUCCGCCUCCCGCUGGAGGUGAUGUACGGCGCCGCGGUUGUCUUCGGGCUGUCCGGCGGCUACUGCACCUUCUGGCCCGGCGUGAUGACGCUGGUGUCGCUCGGCUCCACGGCGGCUGACCGAUCCAAGGUGAUGAUGAGGGUGGAGCUGCUGUAUGGGGCAGUAGGUCUGGUGGGCAGCCUGGUGUCGGGUCAUCUGUUCCUGCUCCACAGCUCCAGUUUGGGACAUGGGACCAUCCUGCUCAGCAUGAGCACACUGAUGCACCUGCUCAGCCUCAUAGACGCCAUAGCCCUGCUGCAGGUGAAACAAGCACCCAACCCAGAGCCGGAAGAGGAGGAAUGCCAAGUCUUUUCUCACGCCUCCAGUGACGGUCCCGUGGAGGCUCCCGCUGGGAUAAACGUGGCGAACGUGGUUCUGCUGUUUGCAGCUGCCGUGCUGUAUGACUUCGCUGUGGGUGGAGCCAUAGAAAUUCUGGGCGUCUUUGUGAUGAAAGCGCCGCUCAGCUGGACUGCCACUCAGGUGGGUUAUGGGAACGCCGCCGGCUGCAUGAUCUUCCUCACCAGUUUCCUCGGCGUCAUCGUGUUUCGUCGCUGCUUCAGCGACGUGAUGCUCAUCCUGAUCGGCAUGAUGUCGUUCGCCUCUGGGAUUUUCUUCAUGUCCUUCGUCACGACGACGUACAUGUUCUACCUCGCUCGCUCACUCAACCUGUUUGCUCUCAUCCCGAUGCCCACCAUCAGAUCCCUGCUCUCACAGCAGGUUCCUGCAUCCUCCUGUGGCAUCACUCUCACCUCCCUGCAGCUGUCUCUGAAGUUUGCUGGGCUGGCUUACAUCCCUGCCUUUACUAAGAUCUACCAGAGAACCCUGGACUGGUUCCCAGGCUUCGUCUUCAUGCUCUCCAGCAUCUUUACAGUAGUGGGAAUGAUACCCAUCAGUAUCAUCGGCUGUAGGUCACCUCAGAGGCGUCAGUACGAGAGGAUUCAGGGAGACUGAUGGCAGCGAGCUAGCGUUGGUACGAGGCAGACGCGAGCUCAGGUUUGAAAUGAACAAAAGGAGGACAGCGCCUUUAAUCUCACUUCCUGUAGUGUUAAAACUACAGACACUUCAGGAGUGUCGGAGUUCCUGACUCUGUUGUUAAAAUUCUGAACUUUUGACCAAACUGCUUCCGAACAACUGAAGCCAUGUCCACAACAACACACCCAGGGUGACGUCAGCAUCAUGUAGGAGAGCCUGCGGUUUGUUGCUGUGAGCCGGCUCAGACUGGAUCACUUUUGGUUUUCAGCCCAUAUGUGACACAUCAAGACGAGACUGAUACAGGAACCUGAAGUUUGGAACAAGUCAGUAACCAGCACAUCUGCUAACAUAUGGAGUCGAUGUGGAGUUUACGUUAUUCAUGUUUUUCCUUUGGGUUGUGUGCUUUGUAUUAUUUUGCUCUGAGAUGUGAUGACCUUCACAGGCAGGCAGUGUGACCAAAAAUCAAACCUGACACAAAACUGCUGUCUAUCUAUCAUUGCUUAACUUUAAAGUCAACAUACAUGCACUUUAUGUUACUUCAUAAGAGUUACAUGCUGACUUCUGAUCCUGCAGGUCAGGAAAGUCUGACAGAGUGAAGUUUUUUGACAUCAGUGUUUUGAUUAUUUUAAUUUUUUUACACGGUUGUGAUGUUUAUAUUUCAGUCUUUAGUCACUAAUUUCUUUACAUGUUUACUCAAACACAUCAUGCAUUUUAUCAUGUCCUAUAUAAUAUAUUCUAAUAGCAGUUACUUUUUAAAGUUGUAUGUUUGGUGAGUUAAUUUUGCAUUUGGUUGUAAAGCAUUUUGAACUGCACUAACCAGUAUGAAAGGUACUAUAUAUGGUUUGAUAUCUGAAUUUUAACUGUACUUUUGUACCUUUUAUCAUAUUGCUCUAAAAGUGACCUGGUUUGGUAAUCUCACAGUGUGUGCAGGAUCUUGUCAUUCUGAUUCAUGGCACUGAUGGUGGAUAUGAAGGAAAGAUAGUGCAGCCUGCGUCAUUGCUGUUUUUAUACCUCUCCAUGGCCGGAGGCUUUGUGUUGUCAGGUUGGCGUGAUGAGUUAUUAGCCAUAUUUUUACGCUAAUUAUGACAAAUUUUCACCCAAAUGUCUCACAGGAUUAAUGAAGUGAUGACAUUUUAUAUUGAAAAGGUCAAAGGUCAACUUCACUGUGACAUCAUGGUGUUCCGCAAAACACUUUUCUGGCCAUUAUUCAGCACCAUAACUCAGGAACAGAAGGCAGAUUGUGAACAUGUUUCACAUUUGGUCAGAUGCUGAAUUGGUGACACUUAUCUCGGGUCUCCACCUUGAAACUGUGAUGAUUGUUUCGGUCUUCUCUGCUGCCGGGUUGAAGAUGUGUGUGAAGCUGUUUUUAAGACUUGUAUCUAAGACAGUUUAAUGCAUGUUUUUUGUUACAUUCUUGUAAGUUCAUUAUUUCUCUUGUAAUGUCAAAUAAUUGCUUAUUUUUGUGCACUUUCAACUGGUGAAAAUAAAAUGUUACUGAAGAAA